ACUGUUUUGUGUUGCUAAAGUGACAUGAAUACAUUACAUUAUAAUAACAUUCAAAGUACUGCAUUUUGAACGCCUUGGUUUCAGCUAUAUUGCCACAAAACUGUUAAAUAAGGGCUACCAUACAAAAACGACAAAGUGUGAGAGCAUUACGAGAAACAAGAACCCAAGAUUUAGACGGGAAAAAAUGAAAAAAGGCGACCAAAAUAUUCAAACUUCAACCGUCAAGUUUAAAAUAUGUGUUUCAGUGUUUUAAUUCUGAGCUGUGAGUGGAUGAUAUGAGUGUCUUUUCAAAGAAGCCAUUAAUCAAGCAGCAAACGGUUUAUGAUGGAGAAGAAAACGCCAAGUCUAAGAUGAGCUUCACAACGAAACGAGUGUCUUUCGAUUCAACGACGGUACAGUCCGAUUCAGAUGAAGAAAACUCUUUGGGUAGAAGUAAUAGAAAGCCCGUGAAGCCAAAUGCUGAUGACGAUGAUUUACUGAACAUGUUUAGAAGUGAACUAUCUGAUAGCGAAGAUGAUAUUUUGCAAACACGGUCUGAAGUCAAGAGUAAAGGUGUUGUGGAGAAGCCCAGUCCUGUAGCAAGGCAUUUAAAAUCAGCGUCAUCUACCAGGGACUUCAAAACAUCGACAACAAGAUCAGUAAACCAACCAACAGAUGUGUUAGAUCAAACCAUCCACCCUAAACAUAAAGCAAAACCUAAACCACAACCUAGGAAAAUGUCAGGAAAUAUUCAAUCAGAAGAGGAAAGUCCUAGAUCAUCAAAACCUGAAGUCACUCCAAAAAAACAGCAGUCAGCCAGUACAGACCAUGAACAGCAUAUAUAUGAUAUGAGAAGAAAGAGCAAACCACAACAUGACCUUAGUGACAGCGAUGAUGAUGAUAUUGUUGUUGAUAGCAGGACAGAUAACCAUAAACUAUCUAAGGUCAGGAAUCAGUUGGAAGUGAGAGAGUCUAGCAUUCAAAAGGGUUCUGGAAAACUGAAGAAAGAAAGUUCUGAGGAAGAUGAGUAUAUUGACCAAGAUAUUAUACACUCAUCUUCCAUCUUAAAGAAAACAGAUGGAAGCUCAUAUUCACGGUACAAACUGGACAAAGGGCAAGGCGAAAGAAAAAAGGUAAAAUCAUUUCAAUUAGGUGAAUCUGUGGAUAAAGAAGAUAUUGCUUUUGUUAAACCUGCACCAAAACCAAGAAAACAUAUUCAAGAAGAUGGAAUACAUGAUUACAAAUCACACAAUGAGGAUAACGAAAACAUAGAAAUUGAUAAAGAUACAAGCAGACAUUUGAAAAAAGUCCCCGUUCCAAAGGCUAGAAAAGAACACUUACUGGAAUCACAGGAAAAAGAAAUUGUUCCUAAGUCAAUGUUAUCAAAGUCCAAAUUGCACUAUCUAGAUGAUAAUGACAGUGGUGAGGAAACACACAUGAAAAUAGUUGAUAAAGGAGGACAAGUCUCAAAUAGAAGUAAAAAUGGACUUACUGAAUACAAGGUUGAUGGAAAAACACUAGACUGGUCAUCUCUAGAUGAAAGUGAUGAUGAUGAAGCAGUAGGAAAGAAAGUGAACUUGUUUAAGAAACAAAGACCAAGCAGUGCCAAAGCAAUAGAUGAUAACAAUAACAAAGAAAUAAGCAAAGUUCCAAAGCCUUCACCAAGAUCUAAGCCUYGGAGGGAACUUGGGAAUGUGCAGCAACAUAGGCAGAAUGAUACUUUGAAGAAUACUUUAAACCACAAAGAUUUAAACUCUACUGACUAUGAUUCCUACCAGCGUGUUACAAGAGAACGAAGUGAUAGAGACAGGCGUGCUAGAGGUAAUGCCACACCUCAGCGUCCUGUUAGCAGUAAAGCCYGAAGCAAUGGUUGGGGUAGGGAUAGAGAGGAAGACAUAACAGAUAUGUUUGAGGAGCACAUCCCAGAUUCUAAUGAUUUGAUUGGUGUAGAUCACAAACAAUUUUGGCAUAGCAAAGAUCAACUAAGACCUCGAUCAUCCAUGACACCCAAGAAAGGUCCUAUGAAAGCAGACCAAGGAAUUGAAGAAAUGACAAGAUCACCCCAUCUUAGGCAAACUUUGAGACAUACAGAUGACCAAGACUUGGAUAAUCCCUUCCAGCCAUCAGUCUGGAGACAGAAGUCUUCCUCUUUAACAAAUCUAUAUAGAAUAGGAGACUCUGAUUACAGAAAUUAUGAUGAAGAUGAAAGUCCAACUCAAAGAAGGAACAGUCUUGAUACAGAAACCAUUCGACAAACAGUCUAUGAUAACUGGCUAUCAAGAAAGACGGUUACUAUCAAGAAAGAACUGCCCAAGAAGGCAUUAGAAAAACAGAAAGAGCAAGAGAAAAUAAAAGAAGAGGAAGAGAGAAAAAAGAGUGCACAACUUGCAUUUCAAUCCUGGACCCAACACAAAACAGAAACAUUAAAAGAACAGUAUGCAAAAAUAAAAGCAAAGCAAAAAGAAGAGCAAGAGAAAAUGGAGCUUGAAAGACGAAUGAAAGAAAAAGAUAGUAAGAAAUAUUUUGAAUCAUGGAAAAGUAAAAAAGAUGCAUUAAUAAAAGAGACACAUAAGGAAAGGAUGAAUAAAGAGAAGAUGAAAAAGAAGAAAGACGAGGAAGAAAAACUUGAAAAGACAAUGUCUUCUAAAAAAUCCUUUGAAAAUUGGAAAUCAAAGAAAGACACUGUGCUAAAACAACAGCUAAAAGAAAAGAAAAAGAAAGAAAAAGUAGAGGAAGCAAAAAAAGAAGAAGAAAGCUAUGAGAAGACAAUAAAAAAUGCUGAUGAAUUUCAAAAAUGGGCAGAAAAUAAAGGAAAGCCAAGAAAAAAACCAGCACCUCCAACAUUAAAACAGCGGGCAUGGGUACCAGGAAGUCGUAAUACAAGUGAUAGCUGUAUACCAUCUACUGUGCAACCAGUUGUUCUUCCUGCAUCAACAAACAGGGCACGGACAAUGUCUGGUACAUACCGCGGCAAAACUAAGUACUAUGACUUCUAAUGGCAGCAUCUUCUGGAAAGUCUUGAAGCAAAUAAUAAGAUGUGUAAUCAGCAUGAAUCAGUCAUGUCAGUGACAAAAUGGAAAGCUUUGGGUGGUCAACUACUGCAUAAAAACCAAACGCCAGC